UAGAAUGAAAGGACCAGCCUUUGGUUUAUAUAAUACUGGAACGUGUUUAUACAACAGUAGGACAGAAGACUGCAACAGAUGUAACCUCCUUUGUGUAUUGAAAAAUAAAUAGGAUAAUAUAAGUUUGAUGCCGCUCCAGAUUUCAAAAAGUCAGUUUAAACUCAAAAUAUGAUUUAAUAGCAUACGCCGAUUUGUCAUUGAGAGUUUCAUGAUGACGUCACAGACUGCACCAUUAUUUCGCCAUUCUUCAAGGACAAGAAGACCACCAACACGUGACGUGUUAUCGAUGAGAGAACUACGAGCAAUACCAAGGCGGGGAAGAAAAACUCCUCAAGAUACUUUUGAACCGCCAAAGACUGACAGAGAAUGGUGGAGAGUUACACUGAAGGAAACGCCAGUUCCGGGAACAUAUGAAUUUCGAGAUUUUCUAGAAGAUAAGGGCGAAGGACGAAAAAAGCAGUGGGGAGUUGUUAAAAAUGGGCGAGUUUUACUCCCGGGUGCAUACGAGUAUCAGGAUUUCGUUUAUAAUCUCGAAAAACUUCCAUUGACGUACACCUUCAAAGAUUCCGGUGAGCACGUAAAUUUGCCCGGGAUCAAAGAUAAACACGUGAACGCCGCACCAUGGCAGUACGAGACAGUGCGAAAGCCAGUUGAAAGAAACCCAUAUGGCCACGGAUCCUUCAAAUCACAGUCUCCACGAUUCCCAGCAAAGUAUUUUGUACCGAAAGAAGGUCCUCCUCCUGGCUAUUACGACCCCGCUAACCAAGAAACUAAGUGUCAAAUAUCAUCAAGUUUCGUAUCAAGAACGCCGAGAUUUUCUACAUCUCAAACGAAAGUUCCAGGACCGGGUUCGUAUGCUUCGACUUAUCAAACUCCGCAGACGAGUACGUUGAUCAAGAUGGGUCGAAUGCACGGAUUGUUUUUCAGAAACGCUUUUGAAAUAUAAACGGGACUUCUGCAGGAAACAUAAAGAAGGACAGUGAUAUCACCGUAUUUAUGGGGGAAAGUACUUCAUGCCCCAUUUUUGUUCAAAAUAACGAAUAUAAACCAGUUGGAUGCAUUGCAAUAUCAAGACAACAGACGAAUACAACUAUACAAGUAUUAUGGAACCGUUUGAUAUAUAUAAUCCCACCGCCAACGUAAAUCUACGUGUCGUUCCCACUAGAUGUGGUUCCCUGCUACUGUCUUCAUAAUACCUGCAAUUUAUUUCGCAACAGAAGAUAGAUAUUUCAAGAAUCCUUUACGGUGACGAUGAGCGAGAUGACGAAAAGUGAAGAAUCGAUCACUAUUCGUAAUAUUGAGCCAUGGUUUAUUAUUUUUGAUACGCUUAUGCCCCUAAGAGAUUAUUCACACAUUGCCUAUAUUUUGUAUUUACCUCAUUUAUUUAUAUCCCAUAAAUGCCGAUUGCUGUAUUCCGUAUUGUUUUUUGUGCAAUGGCACAUACGUUCUAAUUAAGCUUAGUGAGUUAUGUUCCAGCUGGCAUUCUAAAGAUUUGAUUGUUGACAGAUUCGACGAAUUUGCAAACAGAUCCAGUAUUGAGGUCGCUCUAUAACCAAUAAUAUUUACUCUACCUGCGUCCUUGAUCAACGCAUUAGCGUAAAAAUAUUAUUAUGCCUUUUCAUUUAGGAUGAGGACACCGUUUGUUCGCCUUAGUUUAUUUUCCGUUAGUAUCCAAUGUGAGGACGGCCAACGUCGCAAGGUCAAUAUUAAUUCUAAAUGCAUACUGUAUCUAGUUACGUCGACCGGACUGAUGAAGGUCGGGAGCUUUAGCAGAAUGGUAACAUUUGAAGACCCAUCGCAUAAGCCAUAGCAUACAUCAAAACGCAUAGCGUUCGCUUACACAAAUCUUCAAGGUGUAAGGCACACCUGUAAAUAACAAGAAAUAAGCUAAAGCCAAAACUUUAUCGACGCGUUCAAAGAUAAGAGUAGGCUUCCCAGGAUCAGAUUAUCAAGAGUACCACAAAUGCCCGAAUUGAUCUUCUGGAGUUAGUCACAUUGAACGAUUCGCACACAGAAAGAAGGGCAUAAGGCUGCGUGCACUAUAAAUGCUGUAUGUUAUCGUAAGACAAGAAUGCAGGACUCGUAUGACGCAACUCGAAGCUGACAAAUUCGAAGAGCAAAAUGACUGAAGCUCAAGACAAUGUUUGUGAAUGCAUUCACACAUCUUAUAUGCUAUUAUGUUUGCGAUAUUCUAUUUAUUGUUAUACCGUAGUGGUAUAUAUUUACGGUUAUACGAAUGUUAGUAAACGAGCAAAUACGGAGGCGACCAAGAUUGUUCAUCCCCUUCUGUAAAUAUUACCAAAUAUUUAUUUCGUCAACCAAUUGUUGACGCGUGCGAACGGAUAACAAUCUUUUUUGGACACGUCAGUGUACAUAACGAUCGUUUCAAUAUUACGAUGUUGUUGGACACGAAAUGGACAUAACGAUCGUUUCAAUAUUAUUGGACACGUUUAGUGGACAUAA